AGACUUAUUUUUGUUGCAACUCUGUUGCUACUAUUUCACUCCUCGAUCUUUCUUCAUCUCGCGAGGAGGGACAGAGAUGUAUCAAGAACAACGACUGCGACUCGGGAUUGCACUGCGAGACGUGCGUUGCAGACGGCAACGUGGUGCCCAAAUGCACCAGAAUCAAACCCAUCAGCCCAUUUCUCAGGUUCAAACGCUACCGUUUAACAAGUAUUCAUGGUUGACAACCCACAAUUCGUUUGCGAGGUUAGGUGACAGGUCGGCGACUGGCUCAUUGAUUUUCGCUCCUACUAACCAGCAGGACUCCAUUACUGAGCAGCUUAACAAUGGUGUUAGAGGGUUAAUGCUGGAUAUGUAUGACUUCCAAAAUGGUAUUUGGUUAUGUCACUCGUUCGGCGGCAACUGCUACAAUUACACAUCUUUUCAACCUGCCAUCAAUGUGCUCAAAGAAAUUCAAGCCUUUCUUCAAGCAAACCCAUCAGACAUUGUGACCAUCAUCAUUGAAGACUAUGUUACAUCACCAAAGGGCUUGACCAAAGUGUUUGAUGCAGCUGGCUUGAGAAAAUUCUGGUUCCCAGUGUCAAGAAUGCCAAAAAAAGGCGGAGAUUGGCCGACGGUUGCUGAUAUGAUCCAGAAAAAUCAGCGUUUGGUGGUUUUCACUUCAAAACGAGCAAAGGAGGCAAGUGAAGGGAUAGCCUAUGAGUGGAACUAUGUGGUCGAAAACCAAUAUGGAAAGGGUGGAAUGGUUGCUGGAUCAUGUCCAAAUCGCGCGGAAUCAUCUCCCAUGAACACAACAUCAAAAUCGUUGGUCUUGGUCAACUAUUUUCGAGAUGCUCCCGAUAUAACCCGAGCUUGCAAGGAUAAUUCAGAUGCAUUGCUUCGCAUGGUGAAUACGUGUUAUGAUGCGUCUUCUAAAAGAUGGCCUAACUUUAUUGCGGUUGAUUUUUACAAGAGGAGUGAUGGUGGGGGAGCUCCUAAAGCUACGGAUGUCGCAAACGGUCAUUUGGUUUGCGGGUGUGGAACCAUUGCUAACUGCAAGGCCAAUGUGAGCUUUGGAGUAUGUCCACAGCCUGAGGCUGAAGUUGUCCCAAGAACUGCCCAUCAACAACAAACUUUGGUUAUUCGAAUACGGGACCAGUUCAGCUGCUGUGGUUGUUUGGGACUCUUCUUGUGA